AACAUUAUCUGCAAUAACUGCAAGAAGCCAGGCCACAUCAAGGCAGAUUGCUUGAGUAAAGGUGGUGGAAAGGAAGGACAAGGACCAUGUUCAAGGGGGAGGAAUAAGAAAUCAGAGCAGACAAAUCAGGCUGAGGAGGUCAAUGGUGAGCUACUUGAAGCAGCCUAUCAUGCUACAGCACCUGGUCACUUCAUUGGUCAGGAUUGGCUACUUGACUCUGGCACAACCUCUCAUAUC